UCUAUUGGCAUGCUUCAGUAAAUUUGCUGUGCCAAAAAUCUUCUACAGUCAAUUGACUUAUUUUUUAAACAUGCUUUUAACUAAAGUAGUUUUCAUGAGUAGACGAGCCUUGAAGGCUGGGCGGUUUAGGCUUCUGGGAAAGAAAAGGUAGACACACGGAAACUGAUUAAUUGUCCAGUAUCAUCACUAAUCUAAUGAAAUCCUAGAAAGAUUACAUAGGAGAAAUACCUUCAAAAAGGUUUGUAUUAUACCAUCAAUGCAUUCAGUCGAUGAUAAUUCUAUCAGGACCAAAGUAUCAAAUGUCAAUUAAAAAUUGUGACGUCAUUUUCUAAGAAUAUAAGCCAGCAUUCUCACAUCACCAAAACAAAGCACAUUGCACGAACAGAUUUUUAAAUGCAAUAACAGCUACCAGUUUAUACGAAAACUGAAAACAAAUGCUCUGUUUGAGCGUCCUUUCAUUUAGCGUAGCAGGUCAAUAAAAAAUUAAAUUAAAACAGUAGGCCUAUAAAAUACCAUGUAUAGGCAGAGAUGAGUGCUCACAAACUACACACUAGUGAUCUAUAUUCUAACACCCAUGGAUAAAAGAUAAGAUAUGACGAAGCCCGUUGGAUUUUUGCAAAUAGACAUAUUCGUCAUGUGUUGCUAAAUGAGAGAAGUAGAAGCAUAGCAAAAUUAGUAGCUGAAAACCAGCUUGAAGACCAAAAGUUAAUUGUAUUUGAACAGGGAAACAACCAGAAGAUGGAUAAGCAAAAGAAAAAUGCGAAGAGAGACUACACUCAAGACAUUGAGAAACUGAGAAUGACGAAAGAUAAAGAGGAGGAGGCGGUUGAAGAAGCUAAAAAGUUGCGCAACGAAAUUGAAAAGGAAAUGGGAAAGUCAUUUGAAAUGAUUGAAGAAAGGCAAAAUGAAGUUAAAGAUUUUCUACACCAAAGAGAAAAAGAAGAAGAAGAACACAAAAGAAGAGCAGCAGAUAUUGUGAAGAGGCUUCAAAAUGGUAUGAUGGAUAUAGAAGAUAAUAUAAAAAAUAAACCUAUUAACAGGAAGAGUAAGUCAGAAGAGCAACAAGAAUUAAUCAAAACAGAUGAAUACAAUAGUAGAAGAUUUGGUGAUUUUCAUACGAAUUCAACACAAACAGAAAUCAUCGAGCAAGUGUCACAGCAUAUUCAAACCACACCGGAUGAGCUUGAUGCGCUCCUCCAAAACCAAGGUGCCAAUUUGAACAAGAAUAGGAUCAAAGAAGAAGAUAUACCAGAUGUAAUCGAAGCUAUAAAAGAAAAUCUUAUAGAGAAAAUGAAAUUAAAGCUGGCAGACGAGCAAGAAAAGAAUGAAGGCAAAACAAAGAAAAAUGAUGAGAUUAAUAAUGAGAAAAAGAAGGACUUGCCUUUAAAAAUUUCGAAAAUAAAUGAAACUGAAGCUGUUAGCAAAGACGGUGAAACUUUAUGCGACGAUGAUUUACAAUAUCAUGACAAUUUCAAAAGUGAUCAGCUUCCAAGAAAAUUGACAGAGCUGGCGAAAUCACUAGUCGACAGUAAAAUAAACGAUGAUGAGUUGCCUGAAGUUAUAAGAGAUACGAUUGAGGAGAAUAAGAAUCAGUUAGUGAUUGGACUCCUGGAGAAUGUCAGGAACGCUGAUGAAAUACCAGGUGUCUCGGAAAACGCAAGCGAUGACCUGCAGGAAACGUAUGCAGCUAUGCAAACAGAUUUUAACAACUUGGCAGAUUUUGUUUCAGCAAAUGGAAAAUAUGAAGACGAUGUAGGAGAAGCGCGGUUAACAAGAUGUAGAGAGCUCUGCAAAGAAAUUGAUAAGAUUGAAAGGGAUCUUGAAGACCUGAAUGGUGAAAUUAUUAAUCUUCAGGACUCGGAGAAUAAAGGUGAUGAAUUUGUUGAUCAUUCAGAAAAUGGUCGGAAACAAGAAACGAGUGAAGGUACUGGGACGGUUGAACGUCAGGUGGCCGAAUUUGAUCCGACUUACGCCGACGACAAUGGAAUCUAUAAUGGCAAGGAGGCACCCGCAAAAGAGGUUGGCAACAGAGAGUUAGCUGAAUUGAUAAGGAAUAAAGUGAAUGCAGACGCAAAGCUGAACUCGAAGCUAGAUGAUCUGCGGCUCAUGCUAGGCCAAAGACAACAAAAUACGAUGUUGCAAACGAAUCCGUCUCUGGCGGGCAGUCAUACUGAAGGGAAAGAGAAGAAAGAUAUGGCUGCAUCGGAAAAUACCCACCUCCGCUUGCAGAAAGAAUUAGAUCAUGCGUAUCGAGCUAAUAAAAUGCUUGCAAAAGAAAACGAGAGGCUAUUGCAGAAAGCAGGUGACGCGAGAGACGCAAAGGACUUCGAUGAGGUAAUUUUUGGCAGGACGUUUGACAUUCCACGAUGGCAAAACGAAAGGCAGUUGCGAGACAAAUUAACGAAAGCAGAGGAAGGGAUUGGGGAAGAGCUUUUUGAUGCCAUAGUGAACAGUAAGACACAGCAAAAGAAACCAAUCGAAAAAGUGAAGGAUUUCGAGCUUUUGCAGAUUGAGAAUAAAACGGUAGCUGAUUUGUUAAAACUAUACAAAGAGAAGGAAGGGACGCUGUCGGAACAGCUCGCAGCCGCAGAUGUCACAAAUGCAAUAAACGACAUAGUGAAUGUAAAAAGAACAGACACAAAUAGGUUGAUGGAAGAUCUGCAAAAUGAAGCGAAGAAAACAGAUGAUUUAAUUGUUGAUCAUGAAGUAUUGGCUCAAAGAACAGAAAAUGAGUUAAAUGAACUUAUCAAACAGCGUAUUGAUGAGAUAAGUGAUGCCAAUGAACGGCAAGAAGAAAUAGCAGAUCUUGAAAAGAAGUUGGUGAUGGUGAAUGACGCAAUUAACAACUGCUUCUUAGCCAACGAUAGAGACACGGUUUUAGGCAACCUUGACGACAAAAUUGCUGAGAUUGACAAGCAGAUAGAACUAAUAGGCAUGGAACUAAAGAAGGAUUUAGAAAGGGAAAAUGGUGUAAGCGAUGAAGAUCUGCGUGAAACAGAAAGGCUGAAAAAAAUGCUUGAAAAACUUAAGCUUUAUGCAGCAGAAGAAAUAAGAAAGGAUGAAGACGGUAUGAAGAGUUAUCAAGUGCCUACUGAGGUGGAGGUAGAUGAAAUAAUCGAAGAAAAACUAAAACUUUUGCGACAAUGUGACCAACAGCAAAAAGAGAAAAUACCAGGCAGUGAUCGGGCGGUAAACGGACGUCAAGUUCGGUUAACUUUAGGCUUAAGUAAUGGUUUAGAGACUUCAAUAGAUGGUGAAAACGUGGAAGCAUCUGAUGAUGAAACUAUUUUAAAGAAUGCAAAACAACUGGAAAAUAUCAAAAAUGAGCUGGAACUGACUGACGAAGAAAUAGAAGCCAUGGACAUUGGAAAAGAAGAAAUACCGUUUUUAAAGGAUGCUAUUUCCUCAAUGAAGAACUCUAUUGCAGAAAUGAAUGGAAAUGUGGACAAGGCUAAAAGCAGAUCAUUGGAGAGGAACGAAACAAAUGAAUUACUUGAAAAAAUCGAGGAGCAAAUUGAAAAUCUUAAAGAAGAAUUGCUUUACACUGCACUUAAAGGCACAGAAAAUAAUCAAGCACACAAGGUAACGAAUAAUAAACCAGAGGAAAUAACAAGGGAAAAUGCCAACGAGAAGGUUAAAAAUUUGUGUGAAAUGCUUGAGCGUGAAAAGGCAAGGGUAGCAGAAGUAAUAGCGAAUACUCAAGAUUUGGCAAAGGGUAUAACCAGCUCAAACGGUCUUAAAUUUGUAGAGUUUAAGAACAGAUACGAAACCAAAACAAACGAAAUAAAAGCAGAGAUGGAGGAACGUCUAGAUGCUGUAAAUAGAGUGUUAAGGGAUGCCUCUGACGUAUUGGUGUCAAGCAAAAAUGAAGGUGACAAUGAAGAGAAAAGUAAAAUAUUAGAAGAAAAGAAAGAGAAGCUUGCUAAACUAAAGGAAGGAAUAGCGCAGGUGAUGAACGAUUUAGAAGGAAUUAAAACCUUUGAGAAAGAGGGGCAAAUUGGCGAUUUGCAAGAUUCAGAUGCCGAAGAGCUGCUUUACAAAAUAGAGGCGAUAGAGAUUUCUAUUGAUCGUAUGGGAAGGACGAUCGAGGAUGCGAAAGGGGACUCCAAGACACUAGACACUCUGUUGAAACGACAGGAUAGAAUGAAGGAAAGUCUUGAAGGUGUGAAGCACGAGCUAACCAGGCUGAAGGACAAUAUGACAAAAGACUUGAGUGACUUACAGUUUGAAAGGAAAAGAACUGAAGUAGAAAUCAAAGAGAUAUUAGGCGAAGGUGAAAUUGAAAAUGAGGGCGAAAAAGAAGCUAUUUUAGAACUUAUUGGGAGUUUUGCUGGGAGCAGCGAUGCCAGUAAAGAGGAACAGGAGCUAGAAAGGUAUCUACUGCAACGUAAAAGACUUGCUAAAGAUUAUGAAGAUUUUGAUAAAUUGGGAGGACUUACAGAACGAGACGGAAGAUUUCUUGAGGAUAUGAUCCAAUCAACUGAAUUGGAUAUCAAUGACGCACUAGAAGAAAUAGAUGAAGUCUGUAAAGGAUACCAGUUUGACAAUGAUCUGGCAUUUAACAAAGUGUAUUUGAACAACAUGGUUGAACAGAGGUCAGGGUUGCACUGUGCUUUGCAGCAGCUUGGAAAAAUCAUUGAUGGAUUUAUGAUACCUGCGGUGGACGACGCACAAGAGCAAGGAAGGAAGGAGUCCGAACAGCAAAUGAAUUUCGAGGAGCUGCAGAAGCUAGCAGAAACGAAAAUAAACUUGAUUGAUGAUAAGCUUCAUACGCUGAAUAGCAUUUUGGAAAACCCUGUACUCAAGAACGUUGCCAAAAACAGAGGAGACGUUGUGAGUGAAUCUAGAGAAGAUGCAAUGUACGGUGAUAUUGAUAGCGAAGAAAUAUUGGCUAUCAUAAGAGAAGUUAAGGAAGAGUUUGAUUCAAUUAUUAUGACAAAAGAGCCAGAUGCUGACUGGAAAGGUUUAACUGAUUCUCUAGCAAAUGAAAUAAAACUGCGGGAUGAUAUUGACGCUGAAAUUAGCAGCCUGUUCGAUAAACGAGAAGAAUUGAUCGUAAAUUAUGUUCAUAACGUCAAUAAUGAGGAUUUACAAAAUGAAGGAGAAAAUAAUUUGGGUAAAAUAUCUGAGAUCGACAGGAAGAUUAAAGAUCUGGAUAACAAGUUUGUUGACACAUUGCUAAGCUCCAAAGGUGCCCAAGAUGCUACUGGUGACAAAACGGAUGACGAUUUGAAGAAACUGUUCGCAGAAAGAGAUUUGACAAUGAGGCUGCUCUUUGCAUUAAAGACAAAAGAGGGUCAGCGAAGAUAUACAGCUGAGAGAGAGUUAACAGCUAAUAAUGCUAGUUCAUUAAGAAAAGAUUUGGAAGAGAGGUUACAGUCCCUGGAUUCAAGAAUACUUGAGCGUAAAAGCGGUGGUCAAUUGGAAAAGAUCGAACGUGUACAAAGCCCCAAUUUGUUGGCUGUAAUGAAAAAAAUACACGAUGAAACAGAGACCUUGAAGAAUGAGGUUGAAAAUGAUAAAAUAUUUCUGCGUGAAUACAAGCCACACAAUUUAAUCACAGAAAAGGGUGAGACAGUUGAUGCUUUAGGGCUCACGUCAGACGAGGAAAGUGAGGAAGUCAUUGAAGCAAAGAUGGCUGAUAUUAAAGCCAGGAUUGAGGAUUUGGAGGACAAGCGGACCGAAGUACUUUUGACCGAGAAAGAAACAGAUGAAGAGGAUGAAAUAGAAGAGAUGGAGAUGAUACAGAAAAUACAUGACAUGGAAAAUGCAUUGAAGGAUUUUGAGAAGAAGCUACGUAUUUUGGAAAAGAAAGAGGAUCUGGAGAGGAAAAUGAAGAUUAUUGAAAAUUAUAGUGAAAUUACGAGUGAAGAUACUGACGGAAAUAAGGUGCAGAAGAAAUAUGACAUGUCUCUAGAAGCAUUAGACGGUGUUGACAGGAUAAUAGAAGGGUUCGUAGUUGCGAUUGAAAAUGAACUAGGAAAGCAAUCUGCCUUAGCACAGAAGGAUAAACAAAGAGAGGACCUGAAGCAUAUAGAAACUGAUGAGCUUCAUGAUGUCCUUAGAUUUAAGAUAGAAGACCUAAUAAAAGAAAGAAUGAGCAUAGAACAGAAUAGAGAAAAGAUUGUCAACGAGAUUCAGGAUCAAGGGCAAUUACAAAAGCUUGUCGAUGAAAGAAAGGACAUUAUUGAAAAGUUGAAUGACAUAUAUAAAGUUUAUGAUGAUGAAUUGGCAAAUACCAGCCUCCAUAAAUGUAUUUGUGAUAAAAGACAAGAUUACUUGCAUGAUAAACAGAAACGGAAGUUCCUAGAACUGAAGAAACAAGAAAUAGCCAGAUGUUUAGAAGAUUUAGAUACGGUAGAUUCAUUAGAAAAUUCAACAAGUGGGUUUAGCGAUAUUGAGGAAACUGAAGAAAAAAUAGAAGUCAUGGCAAAGGAGAAUAAAGAGAAGGAUGAAAUUAUUGAUAAUUUGGGACAGAAAAUCGCAGCAUUAGAAAAGGAAUUAGAAAUUUUGAAUGACGAAUUUCACAAAAAUGAAGAAUAUAUGUUGGAAGAAAUUGACAAAAACAAUGAGGAAAUUUCUACACUGACAGGUCAACUUGAUGCUGAACGAAAUAAGAACAAAGAAAUGGAAGAUCAAAUCAGGAUGCUAGAUAAGUUAAAAGAAGAGCUGAAAACGAAGGGGAGACGGGUUGUGAAGAUUGAAAAUGAAAAUAUCCAGAGCAUGAGCCCGACGAGGGAAGACUUGAUUGGAGAAGAAAAGGAGCCAGGAGAUUCAAAUGACUUGCGACAUGAAAUUGACAAGAUAUCAGCUGUUGAAGAGAUCAUGAAGUUGGCUGCAGAGUUUAUUUCUGAAAACGAAAGAAAGACUGCACAGUGCGAUGAGCUUGAAACUGAGAAGGGUGAGUUGGCAGAUAUAUCUGAAGAGCUCUUAGCUGAAUGUCAAGAGUUAAGGGUGGAUAUCGAGAAGUGGAAAAAGAAGCUAAAAGAGACAGAAGAUAAAACUGAGAAGAUUGAACAUGAAAAAGUUAUCAUGGAGCAAAAAUUGGAGAGGAUAAAGGAUGAUAAUAAUGACUUAGCACAAGAAAAUGAGAAAUUAAAAAACGAAUUAGAAAUGGUGAUAACUGAUUAUGAAACAGUGCAAGAUAAUGUAAGUAAUUUAAGAAAGAAGAAUUCUUCACUAAAUUACGAAAUACAAAUACUAAAGACGCAACUGGAAUUAAAUGAAAAGGAAAAAGAGAACAGGAAGCAACCAUUCGUUGAUAAAGAACAGGAAAUUAUAGCGUGUGAGAGUAGAGUCUUGUUAAACGAAUCUGAUUCAGCUAUAGAUGUCGAAGAAUUCAAUGAUAAAGGUGAAAAGGACGCCCCUUACGGAAAAGCCAUGCAAGAAGACCAGGCAAAAAUUGAAACAGCACGUUUGCUUGCAGAGAUAAAAAGUCUUUCAUCAGCUAAUGAAAUUUUGGAUGACAAAAUUUUGCUGGAACAGCAGAAGAGAAACUCGCUAGACGAGAAAAAUAAAAAGCUAGAAUUAUUGCUUAAUGAACAAAACAGAGAAAUUGAAGAACAUAGAACUUCAGAAGCACAGUUACGAUUUGUCAAUAAAGAUUUGGAAAUGCAGAAUGAAGAUUUAGAGUAUAAGAUAAAGAAAUCAAUGAGAGAAAAUGAUGGAGCAUUAGGCAGAUUAAGGGAACUUGAGGAGGAAAGGGACAAGUUGCUAGGGAUCUUGGAUCAACUAAAAGGUAAACUCAAGGAAGAAAGGAAGAAAUCUCUCGAUGAGAAGCAGGCGUUUGACGAAGAACUGAGAAGCAGGGCAGACGAAUUUUCAAGACUAGAAAGCAAUUCAGAGAAAGAAAAAGAACAACGUGAAAAAACAAUGCUCAGCAAAGAUAGAAAAUUGAAAAAACUAGAAUUUCAACUUGAUGAAGAGAAAGAAGCAUACGAGGAGCUUCAGAGGAAUUUUGAUCGAGUAAAAAAGGCAAAAGAAAGCAUACUGACGGAUUCCGAGAAACAGCUGCAGAACUUGCAAGAAGAACUUGCUCGUCAUAGAAAGCAAGAGACAGCACUGGAUCUUGAAAAUUCAGGAAAAAAAGAUGAAAUCGCGCUCCUGAAAGAAAAACUGAACAAAAUAAACAAGCAAUGUCAACAACAGAGAGAUGAAAUUGAAAGGUUAACGAGUGAAAACCGAAAUCAAAUGAACGCUUGCAUAAACCAAGCAAAGGAAGCUGAAAACCAGCUGAAAAUAGACGCCAACGAGCUUGAUAAGUUUAAAAAGAGGUUUAAGGAAAUGAAGAAAGACAAAGAAGCUGAAAUACAACAACUUGAAGACAAAAAUAGAGAACUAAAUUUAGGUAUUAACAAAAAAGAUGAAAGAAUAGAAGAGCUUGAAGAGUCUCUGCAAAGAAAGUCGAGAAUGGGUGGGAAAAUUGAUCCAGAACACGAAGUUAUUCAAAAAGUUUAUGAAGAGAAAUUACAAACUGCAAAAAGAGAUUUGCAAGCAAAAGAACUGGACAAUGAAUCAAUUAGAAAAAAGUGCGCAAACAUGAAAGAGAAAUUGAAUCAAAAGGAUGUAGAAAUGAGCCAGAUGAUGUCAGAGUUUCAGAGAGAAAGCAGGGGUUUACGCAACAAAAUUAGCGAAUUAGAACUUGAAGUAGAAAAUACAAAAAAACAAUUGGCCGAGAAAAGCGAAAAUGCUAAUAAGAGAGAACGGGAAAAUGAAAAAUUGAAAAUGGAUGUGAGAAAACUAGAAGCAUUGCUAACACAAAUUAAAGAAAGACGCGAGAACGAAAUAAAAUCACUGGAAAUGAGGAUGGAAGACAUGGAGGACAGAAAUAAAACCUUAAAAGAGAGGUAUAUGAAAAUGCAGGAAAAAUUAACAAAGGAAAUAGAGGAAAAAGAGGAACUCAAAAUUAUAAAAAGGAACUAUUUAAUAGCAAAGGACGAGAAUGCUGUUCUAAAAGAAAAAGUACUUGAGUUGUCACAAAACAUUGAAGUUAAAAUUGAAGCUGAAAGACUCAAUAAAGAGCUACAAAACGUGAAGGAGGAUUAUGAGAAACUGAAAAACGAGUCAGUUAAGGUGAUCAAACACUCGAAUGAUAUGAAAAAUGAAAUUAAACGACUGAAAAAUCAAGUUUCGUUGGUGAAAAAGGAGAAUGAAAAGGAGCAGAAACUUCUGGUGGAAAAUCUAGAAAAGGAAUUCCGGAAAAAAAUUGAAGAAAUAAUCAGAUCAAACCUGCAAGAAAAGGAAAAGUUACUUGAUAUGUGGGAUGAGGAGAGAGAUAAUUGGGAAGAAGAAAUGAAAGAGGAAAUGGAAAAGUCAAGAUAUGAACUGGAGCGAAAAUUAAAGGAACAGAAACAGGAUAUGGAAAGUGAACAUAUGAAUAGGUUUUCAAAGAUGAUGAAUGAAAAUAACAGAGUUGUGAACGAGCUAAAUGAAAGGUUAAAGGAACUUGAAAAUGAACGAUACAGAAUGGAACGAAAAUUUGAUGAAGAAAUAAGCUCUAGAGAGAACCAAUUUGUUGGCGAAAAAGAAUACAUGGCAAUGAUGAUCCGAGAGUUGCUGCGUAAUAUAAUUGAUAACAAGUCAAGGCAAAGUCAAAUGAAGCAGAGUCAUAUAAAGGAAGUGAAAAUUAUAGAAGAUAAAUAUGAGCAUGAUAAAAAGAACAUGGAUGUGCGUUUGAAAGAAGAACUUCAACUUUUGAGAGAAAAGGUUACAGAGAUGUUAAGGAAGGAUGUUGGGGGAAGAAACAGUCCAAGGGUGUAUAGUAAAAUGGACGAUCAGCUUUUGCUUGACUUUGUGCCAAGAAAGCUUAGAUAAGCUGAAUCGCUUUUAUUUUAAUCAUUAAAUCUCAAAUUAGCAAUUUAGUAUGCACAGGUAGAUUUAGAAGAUAGAUCCGGUUAAAUACUAGCUGUCCCCGUUAGUAACAUCGUUGUUCUCGUUACCAAUCUAGCAUAAAAAACUGACAUAGAAUGACAACCCCUAAACAUUACUCGCCAAAAAUAAUGGAAAACGGGGGAAGAUCAGAAAUGGUAUUCACUUUCUCUUGCAUGAUUCGCAAAACAGUACCUCCUAAAAACGUACUAUUGCCGAGUGACAAGGUAAUACAGAAAGAUGUUCCUCUAGUAACGCGUUAAGUCUCCAUAGUUCCCUUACAGUCCUGCCGAAAGAAAUGCUUUGCAACCUAGGUAGCGGAAAUGAAAUGAGGCUUCAAUAAUACCAAAAAUGACAUAAUAUACUGAGCUUUCCGUGUCAUAAUAAGACUUAAAUAACAGCCUUACCUUGUAUUUCAUAAUUUUUGUGCAAGGCAGUUCUGAGAGAUCUUUAGUUUAUUCCCAGACAUUAUACUCUCUGUAAAAUGACAUAAAUACCAUCAAAAAAGUUAUCCGUAAAGUAUGGUGCAAAACAUAACAUAACAAAAUAUAACAAAAACUUUAGGCGGAAUCCUUUUUUUAAAUUACAAGAAGGCAGAUACUGUGAAAGAAUUUAUAUCAAUCAUCUAAAUGUUAUAUGUACUGCACAUUUAAUGAUGAAGAGUAAAAAUAUCGAUAUAAAAACACUUGAUGUUUGCUUUACGUAGGAUAUAAACAAAUUGCAUAAAUGUAAGAAUAUUUCACGUUUAAAAUUCUAUAAUGGAUAAUAAAAUUAGCUUGCCUGUUAGGUAUUUUGUUUAUUCACACUCUUCUUUGAUUCGAAAGCUCUUGUUCUACAUUGGCGGAUAAAAUAGCAUUUAUGAAAUAUACUUCAGUUAUAUGAGUUAAACUCCUUAUUACUGCCAUACCGAAAAGGCGGGUUACUAAAAAGUUUCAAAGAAUUUCGUAACUGCUAUUUGCGGAAACAGCUGACAAAUUUCUAAGAGUAGCUUGUUUUCACUUAAUACCUCUUAGAAAAGAAAAUGCUACACAAUGUAUAAAGGAGAGCACUUUUUAAUGAAGCUGCGGGCGACUUAUUACGUAUAAGGCCCAAGACAGGAAAAUGACAUCCAAUUAACAUAUCUGGAAUGGCUGUAUGGGUUUUGGCAAGUCCUUAAUAUAAUAAGGCAAGAAAAUUUAAAGAUAAAGUGCAAUAUUGCAGAAUUACGCGGCUUGGAUCCACAGAUAUCCCCAUUGAGCUAAGGCAGUAAAUUUCUUACUUCGAAUAAGCAUAAUGGUGAUUUUGAAAACAAGCGCUGAAAUUUUCCGGUCUUGGAAACUAGGCAGCCGGUUUGAUCGAAGCUCGAAAUACCGAGCUGGCAAAAAGAACAGAAGCGAAGUAGCAUGAGUACAUAAGAAGAUGAAUAAUUCAAUGAAUACAUUUAAUACAUUUCGUUCGUAUGACUAAGAGCAUAAGAUUCUAAAUAUUCAAACAAAUACAGCUUAAGAACUAACAUAAUGCUUUAUAAACUUCAUUGAACAAAUAAGAUUGAAAGCGAUAACUGAACAAAAGCUACGUACAAAGAAUUCCACUGUAUUUCGACUUGAAUGAAUUUUGGGAAUGAUAAGAAGGGAGAGUAGUUUCUGAAGGAAGUUUAAUAUUCACAAUGAGUUCAAGCAGGGAAGUUAUGGAAAAAGUUGAAAAGGACCAAAAGCCUUAGACGCCUACUACGCUCGCCCCUUGUUAAGUACUUGAGCAUUGUCAGCACACUAUCUUUAGAAAAUCCCAUUGAUCCGCUCGAGUCGAUUUAUUCUCUCGAGUUCAGAAAAAAUGGCAAUGAGUUUGUAAGGUUUACUCGCCAGCUGACCCCACUCUCAUCAAAAGUCUCCAUCAGAAAAACAAUUUCGACUAUUUUUAGAGACACUCUUUCAGUUCUCAGCGAAGUUAAAGAAAAUUUUACUUUCCGAUGCAAAGUUGACGUUCAACUUCACGGGGAUAGUUUUAAGAUGUUGCUAUAAAAGAAUUUUUAAGGACGUUUUUGUGAUUAGAGGAGGCUAAAGCUGCUUACAACAUAAGAUGCAAAAAGGUUAUCUUUAAUUGUAAAUUGUUUUUUAACAAUGCGCUGAUUUUUUCAAAAUUAUCUAUCAAAAUUGCAGCGUUUGACAAAAUACGUUGCUUGGGGGGAGAUAUUUUACAUUAUGGCUAUGUAAUUGAAACUCAUUGAAAAUUUUCUAGGAAUUUGUUAGCACAUAAAGCGGUUAAGCGAUUAAGCGGCUAAGCAUGAAGAUGGCAUCUUCAAUUCAAAGAAAGCCCCAUCAAGUCUUUCCAUGUAAAACAAUGAUAUAAAUAAGUAUUUUAAGGGCUAGCCAGAAUUGUAUAGAACUGGCUAUAUUACAAUAUCAUUAAUGUUGAGAUCUUAAUAAUGGUUAUUGAUAUAUAAAUCAAAUAGCAAAAAAUAAUAUUUAUGGGCAGAAGAUGUCAGGAAUGCUGCGUACAGCUGGGAUUUAUUUUGCCAAAUAGGGUACAGCUGUAAAAGAUGAUAUUCAUACUAUUUGAAUUCAAAUCAAAAACGCACUAUAUGAAAUAAAUAUUUCAAAAGGGUCAAAUGACAAACAUGGGGCAGUGUGUGAAAUUACAUAGUAAAUGCGUGCAAAAUACAGAUUUUUAUUAAAAAGUUGAUGUGCUACCAUCGCUCAUUAAAUACUCAUCGUCCUUUAUCGUCCCCAUCGAGGUCUUGCUCCGGUAAUUCAAUUGCUAAGGCCUGAACAAUCCAUGGAUCACAUUUGGACCCUUCCCUAAAUUCCUCCAUCGUAAGCUUACCAUCAUCAUUCUGCAAGAGAACAAUAUCAUUUAGGUAUCAUUAAAGUAUCAUUUUAGUAUCAAUAAAGCUAAAUAUCAGUCAUUAUGCAUUAUAGUUGAGUAUCAGUCGUUAUUUAUUACAGUUAAGUAUCAGUCAUUACGCACCCAAAGCCUAUAAAUGAUACAAAAAAGAAAGAGAUUUACCUUAUCA